GGCAGUAGCUUAAAUACGAGAGCCCUACGAGGAAGCUGAGCUGGUGUGUAAUGAUAGGGCAGCCGCUCCGGCUGCAGCUAACUCACAGCCCCGGUGGCACACAGGUGCUCCGAGGAGGAGUGAGGGAGUGAGAGGAGUAAUUAUAGAGUUAGUCGGGAAGGACGGCUGGAACACACCUCAGAGUUUUCACCUGUCGACACAAUAGUGCAGAGCCAGUCCGUGACAGCAAAGGGGAAGACCCAACAGUCAUCGGUCACCUCUAGGGAAACAAGUUGAAAGUUUUUUGUUUUGUUUUGUUUUGUUUUGUUUUUUUUCCCCCCGUUGUGUUUUCUUUCUCAUCCACCCACCCCUCCUCUGGUGUGACACUACCAUGGUCAGAAAGCCAGUUGUGGCCACCAUCUCCAAAGGAGGUUACCUGCAGGGCAAUGUGAGCAGCGGAAGGCUGCCCUCCAUGGGGGACCAAGAGCCACCAAGGCAGAAGGUAGUUCUGAAAAAGAAGAUCACUUUGCUGAGGGGGGUCUCCAUCAUCAUCGGCACCGUCAUCGGAUCAGGCAUCUUCAUCUCCCCCAAGGGCAUACUCCAGAACACGGGCAGCGUGGGCAUGUCACUGGUUUUCUGGUCAGCCUGUGGAGUACUGUCACUUUUUGGAGCCCUGUCCUAUGCUGAGCUGGGCACGAGCAUAAAGAAAUCUGGUGGUCAUUACACAUACAUUCUGGAGGUCUUUGGCCCUUUGCUAGCUUUUGUUCGAGUCUGGGUGGAACUGCUCGUAAUACGCCCUGGAGCUACUGCUGUGAUAUCCUUGGCAUUUGGACGCUACAUCCUGGAACCAUUUUUUAUUCAAUGUGAAAUUCCUGAACUUGCAAUCAAGCUCGUAACAGCUGUGGGCAUCACUGUGGUGAUGGUCCUAAAUAGCACGAGUGUCAGCUGGAGUGCCCGGAUCCAGAUUUUCCUAACCUUUUGCAAGCUCACAGCAAUUCUGAUAAUUAUAGUCCCUGGAGUUAUACAGCUAAUUAAAGGGCAAACACACCACUUUAAAGAUGCAUUUUCAGGAAAAGAUACAAGUCUAAUGGGGUUGCCCUUGGCUUUUUAUUAUGGGAUGUAUGCAUAUGCUGGCUGGUUUUACCUCAACUUUAUUACUGAAGAAGUGGACAACCCUGAAAAAACAAUCCCCCUUGCAAUCUGUAUCUCCAUGGCCAUCAUCACAGUGGGCUACGUCUUGACGAAUGUGGCCUACUUCACAACCAUCAGUGCGGAGGAGCUGCUGCAGUCCAGCGCGGUGGCGGUGACCUUCUCUGAGCGGCUGCUGGGAAAAUUCUCAUUAGCAGUCCCGAUCUUUGUUGCCCUCUCCUGCUUCGGCUCCAUGAACGGUGGUGUGUUCGCUGUCUCCAGGUUAUUCUAUGUUGCAUCUCGAGAAGGGCACCUUCCGGAAAUCCUCUCUAUGAUUCAUGUCCACAAGCACACUCCUCUGCCAGCUGUUAUUGUUUUGCAUCCUUUGACGAUGAUAAUGCUCUUCUCUGGAGACCUCUACAGUCUUCUGAAUUUCCUCAGUUUUGCCAGGUGGCUCUUUAUGGGGCUGGCAGUGGCUGGGUUGAUUUAUCUUCGAUACAAACGCCCAGAUAUGCAUCGUCCUUUCAAGGUGCCUCUGUUCAUCCCCGCACUAUUUUCCUUCACGUGCCUCUUCAUGGUUGUGCUCUCCCUUUACUCGGAUCCAUUCAGCACCGGGGUCGGCUUCCUUAUCACCUUGACCGGGGUCCCUGCAUAUUAUCUCUUCAUUGUGUGGGACAAGAAACCCAAGUGGUUCAGACGAUUAUCAGACAGAAUAACCAGAACAUUACAGAUUAUACUAGAAGUUGUACCAGAAGACUCUAAAGAAUUAUGAACUUAAUGCAUCAAAAGCUUGGCCAUCUGCCCAGGAUUGCGAUACAAAAUGGAUCUUUAUUUUAAGAAAACACAACUUGGAUGAUGGACUAAAGAAAUCAGUUAUCUCUAGUCGUAUGCUCUAGUGUAUUCAAAUUAAUUUCUGAGCAACUUACUGGUAACUCCAUGUAUUUGUAGCAAGCUAAUAUGCAAGUCGUUCCGUGAGGCAGGCUCACCGUUCUUGAGUCUAAUGCCUUUCAGCUGAGGGGAUAGGAAGAAACCUAAGGGCUUGGGCAGCCGGGCUAUCAUUCUCUACCACAUUUCUUAUCAUGACUGAGAACCUUGAAUAGAAGACCAAAAUGGUUUCUGUAUAUAUGACAUCUGUAAACAUAGCUUUACUUACUGGGGACAUCUAUACUGUGAAAAGUAUUUUGUUUUUUAUUUUUCUGAAAAAAAAAAGUCAUUAUUGUAGCAAAGAAGGCAGAAUAAUGACAUUGACCUUCGAUUGUUUUCCUUUAGUGACCAACAUGGCUGUCACUUAUUUUUCAAUGGCUUAUACUCAGAGCAUCAGAACAAAAAAUGAGGUGUGUGUGUGUGUGUGUGUGUGUGUGUGUGUGUGUGUCUAUUGUAGCUUGAGAUCAAAUUCAGGGCUUUACAAAAGCCAGACAAGCACUCUACCAUUGAGAUAAAUCUACAUCCUAAUUUUCUCAAAUGCACAGAAGUAGUAUUUCCAGGGGCUAGUAUUUAUGAUACAAUCCUAGGAACUAUGUUUGGACUACAAUCAUUGAGAACUUGUUAGGUUAACUUCAUUGUCGCUCAUUGUCGGGAAACGCAGCGUUUGCAACAGCACUGUGCUUUCGUUGUGGUUUGUUUUUUUUUUUUUUCUUGAGAAAUGUGUACAGUUUGGUGUGAAAUCCAUUGGUGAACCACCUCUUUGGUAAUUUACUUCUUGGUGGACAAAAAUGUUUUUCCUCAUCAACGUACAAUAUCAGCAUGGGAGACAUUGCCCAUAAAACUCCAAAAAUCAGGCUCUCUCUAUCAGCCCCAUUUAUAUGCAGUGUUAGUGAUUCUACUCAUUUUGCUUUUACUUUGUGGCUAUUUUCACCUGGUGAUGAGUGUUUGACGGUGUGUGCGUUCCCUUUAUGGCUCUGUUAAAAUAUGUCUCUGGAUGAAACUAUCUGGAUCAACUAGGAAAAGCACAGAUUUACAUAAAAACUACGAACGAAAUGCCUCUGCUUUGUAAGACUUUCAGCUAAUCUUUGCAAAUCUAGGCUGUUUCAAUCAUUUCUUCACUUUAGUUAUAAUUCAAUCUGCAAGACAGGGAACUGCAACCAUACCUGUUGAAGGACAGUCUUCAGUUCUGCUGUUCAGUUAUGUGAUGUUAAGUCAGAGUUAGAAACACUAGCCAUAUUCAAAUGGGAUUUAUGUAAUGGUGGGAGGCAGUAGCAGGGAAUCUCUGAGUUCCAGAACAGCCAGGGAUACCCAGAGAAACCUUGUCUUGAAAAAAGCAAACCAACCAACCAAAAAAAGUAUUAUCCCAAUUACAAGGACAUUGAGUUCAUAGGUAAUUGUGCAAAGUACAAACAAUUAUCUUACUUUGGAACAAUUCACCCAAUUCAGCGUUUUUAGUCUCAAUAACAUUUAAUAUAUACCCAAUGUUGACUUUGUUUCUAAAGGCCAAACCAAGUGUUUAUUUCGCUAAGUGAAUUAAUUAUUAACAAAUUUUACUGUUUUUAUUAACAUGGGCUUUUCCAAACCAUGUCUAGUUAGUCUCUAGAGCCAACAUAGGGUUUAUUUGUUGACACCUAUAACUGGCAGACAUGGCCAGAGGUGUGCAUUAUUAUGUUGUUAUCUUAAUCCAGACCCAUGGGAUUUAUCAAGGCAGGGCCUUCUGCUUACUUAUGAAAUAGAGUAAGCUAUGGAGAAGGCCCUGUGGUCUGUGGUUCUUCCCAAGGCUCACGUGCUCCCUAGCUGCUCAGCUUCAUUGUAUUAUUUGCGGGCCUUUCUGUGUGCAAACUAGUCAGGAUAUACUUUAUCAUUCCUACUCUUGUUUCUAAGAGUUUUUUUUUUUUU